AUGAGCGGAAGUGGUACGCAGCAAGCGGCGCACUCGCUGGCUUUCAGGGUAAUGAGGCUGUGCCGGCCGACGUUGCAUGUCGACACCUCCCCUCUCAAAUUCGAUCCUUGCGAUCUGCUCUUUGGCGAGGACCUUUUCGAUGAUCCCGUCGCCGCCUCCCACCUCCCUCGUCUGCUGGAUAGCAUUAAUGUUGGCCAAUCAUACAACAAUUCCACUGAUCCCUCCGAUUUCAGCUACCGCACCAGAUUCCUCCUCCAACAACCUUCCGACUCCCUCGGCCUUCCCGGACUUCUCGUCCUCCCCCAAUCCUUUGGGUACAGUUUUGCUAUUUAG